AUGGACUUGCUUGUGAAAUGGCUCGGCCCUGCCUCCACUGAGCAUGCCAACCGUUUAAGGACAGCCUACCUUAACUGUCCUGAGAAGGGCCUGCAAGAAAUAUGGAAGUGUUUGGAAAAAUGCUACGGGUCCCCUGAAGCUAUCAAAGACUCACUCUUCGAAAGGAUCCAUAGGUUUCCAAGGGUAACCAGGGACUACGAUAGACUGAGGGAGCUAAGCGACCUCCUCACCGAACUCCAAGCAGCUAAGGAUGAUGGUGAUCUCCCUGGUCUUGCCCUCCUAGACACUGCUCGGGGUCUCAGGCCUAUAGUGGAAAAGCUUCCACCUACACUACGGGACCAAUGGACCUCCCAUGGCACGGCAUACAAGCGAAAACAUCAAGUGCCAUUUCCUCCAUUCUCUGUGUUUACUAAAUUCAUCGAACAACAAGCAGAGGACAGGAACGACGCCAGCUUUCGUCUUACCACAGAUACUUGGCCCUCACAAAACAUGGACCGAGCAACCACACCACAUCGAACAGAAAUUUCAGUCCACAAGACUCAAAUUGCGUCUAAGGAAAUCAAAGAGAUAUGCACCAUCCAUAACUUGCCUCACCCUCUUCGCAGUUACUGGGCAUUUAGAGGUAAACCUUUUCCAGAGAGGCAAGCCUAUCUAAGACAACACAACAUCUGUUUCCGAUGUUGUUCUACGCAUGUCAACAAGGACUGCAGGUUCAAGCCUAAAUGCGCUGAAUGUGGCAGUGAAAGCCACAACACUGCUCUUCACCCUGGACCUGUACCACAAACGACACCCAUCAGAGCCAUGCCAAACCAUGGCGGGGAGAACAACGAUGUUACAGCCCACUGCACACAGGUUUGUGGUAGCAACCUAAUCGACAAAUCCUGUUCGAAAAUUUGCCUGGUGAUGGUACAUCCCCAAGGCCAGAGAAACAAGGCAGUCAGGAUGUAUGCCGUGAUCGACGAACAUAGCAACAAGUCACUUGCUCGGCCAGAGUUCUUUGAGUUGUUCAGCGACUUCAUCCCCACAUCAUCAUAUUCACUUAGGACCUGCGCUGGAGUCAUAGAAAUGGAAGACGACCGACUGGCCUACUCCAUAGAAGACAGAAUCUUCCUUGAUAUCAUGGAAAAGGGCGUGAGGAAGAAUAGUCACUGCAGUUGGGUAGCGCCUCUUCCACUCAAGCCAUCCAGACUUCGACUUCCUAACAACCGACAACAAGCAGUCAGUCGGCUCAACUCACUGACUCGCCAAUUCAGGAGGAAGCCGCGUUUGGCAAAGGACUUCUUCUCCUUCAUGGAAAAAAUCUUCGCCGAUGCCCGGGCAGAAGUGGCCCCUCCACUCAAACAGGAAGAAGAGAGAUGGUACUUGCCUAUGUUUGGCAUUUACCACCCGAAAAAAACAAACAAAAUCAGAGUUGUCUUUGACUCCAGUGCCCAAUAUAAUGGAGUAUCAUUGAAUGACGCCCUAUUAACCGGGCCAGAUCUAAACAACAACUUGAUAGGAGUCCUGAUCCGUUUCCGAAAGGAGCCCGUGGCAAUCAUGGCUGAUGUCGAGCAAAUGUUUUACUGUUUUCUCGUGAAGAGAGAGCACAGAGACUUUCUGCGGUUCCUGUGGUAUAAAGACAAUGACCCUGAUAAGGAAAUAGUCGAAUAUAGGAUGAAAGUCCAUGUAUUCGGCAACAGUCCAUCACCGGCAGUGGCAACUUACUGUCUCAGGAAAUCUGUCGGAGGGACACACCCGGAGUGUAGCCCUGCCGUUGUUCAGUACGUCCACCGUGACUUUUAUGUGGACGAUGGACUAAAGUCAGUGCCUACUGUAGGAGAGGCCAUCUCCUUGCUGAAGGAAACCCGAAAUGUUCUGGCAGCAUCCAACUUGAGACUGCAUAAAAUAGCUUCCAAUAAAAAGGAGGUUCUGGACGCUUUCCCUACAGGAGACCUCGCCAGUGACAUCAAAGACUGGACCUCAAUGAAGAGGCUGUACCGAUGCAACGUAGCCUGGGACUUGAUUGGGACCCAGAGAGUGACUGCUUCACAUUUCGAGUUGCAGAUGAAAAGAAGCCUUAUACACGCAGAGGCGUCUUGUCAACAAUCAACAGCCUCUAUGACCCUCUUGGGUUCGUGGCUCCAGUUACCAUCCAAGGCAAGUCCAUUUUACGGGAACUCACACCCGAUAAGCAAUCGAGUUCUGCGCAUCCGUAGAUCAUCUCAGCCUGAACAGUGGCAUUACGUACCCACGGAUAAAAACCCAGCUGACUGUGGAACCAGAUCAAUUCCUGCCAACCAAAUGUCUACUACGGCCUGGCUCAACAGUCGCUCUUUCCUCUCCAACUCCUUGUUCAACCGUUUUGAAUCCAAUUCCUACUGCCUUAUCAAUCCUGAAAACGACGUCGAAAUCCGUCCAGUAGUGACAACCUUCACCACUCACUCAUCCCCCGUGCUUCUCGGUGCUCAUCGCUUCAGGAAGCUCUCCACAUGGGCGGCACUUACACGGGCUAUCGCUCGUUUGAUCCACAUCUCUCAGUCAUUUAAGAAAGAGACUAGACCGAAGGACUGCAAGGGCUGGCAUUACUGUCGAGCGCCAUUUCCGGUAGAAACACUGGCGCAAUCUAACGACGUGAUCCUCGGCUUGGCGCAAAGAGACACGCACCACCACAAGCAGGUACAUCACCAGGGACGUCACUUCACAGAAGGCGCAGUCCGUGCUGCUGGAUUGUCGGUGGAAAAGAAGUAUCAGCAAAACCAUCCACUACUGCGUAAUUUGCAGAAAGCUCCGUGGACCUAUGCAGGUCAAAGGAUGGCAGACCUACCAGAAGAUCGCCUAUCUAUGGAACCUCCCUUCACAAAUGUGGGGCUCGAUGUUUUUGGGUCUUAG